AAACGUUACGAAGAUGUUCGCACGAAGCAUUCGCCCAGUCUCCUCCCGCUCGCUGUCUCGCGCCAUGUCCACCGCCACCGACAAGAAGUACUACAUCCUGCGCUACGAGUAUGUGGGUGAUAUUCUGGACCGCCGCGGGCCGUUCCGUGCGGAGCAUCUGGAGCGCGCUGUUAGCGCCAAGAAGGACGGCCAUGUCGUUAUGGGCGGAGCACUUGUCAACCCGCCGGACGCCGGUGUCUUCGUCUUCAAUGUGGCGGACAAGCAGACCAUCGACGACUUUGUCAAAGCUGAUCCCUACGUGCUGAACGACCUCGUCUCGUCCUACUCGAUCCGCGAGUGGAUGGUUGUCGUCUAAAAGAGCACAUACACAAGUGUAGCCAUCAUCCGUUGCUACCUCAAUAACACAAGUCAAAGGGUUCGAUGCUG